AUGCCCUCAGACGAACAAACAUCGAAGCCUAUAGAUAUACCAAAAAAACGGAAGUACCAUCAAGAUGUAUGCAUUCUAAGCUCCACAUGGAACCUCCCAGCUAAUAUACAGCAGGACUCUGGCGACAGGGUUGGUGAAUAUAACCCUCAAACUGGGACAAGGAAUGGCCGGCACGGCUCGAGAAGAUUUCAGACGACAUGUGACACCAUAGACAGAAACACUGCAGCGACAUCAAAGGCGACGAAAACAGCUUGGAGAAUUGAGCUGUGCAAAGUCAACUGCGAAAAGUUGAUGAAUAUUAAUCCUUGUGGAAGUGCAAGGAUGGCGAAAAGCAUCUUGACAAGUAUGGUCAAUGAGGAACUCGACGAAGGCGAAAUGGCGGAUACCGAAGACAUUCAUGAAACGACCUGGAGAAGACAUCAAUCAAUGCGGUGUAAAAACAAGCUUAGAAUGAAAGAGGCUGAGAUGGUUUCAAACUGGACCUGCAGUCACUACUGA